AUGAAAAUCAACAGUAAACAACUUCGAUAUGCUCAUGCUGAGGGUCAUACAGACGUAUGUUACACUGAAGAUGGGAGACAUAUAAUUACUUGCGGGCACGAUGGUGAUGUUAGAAUAUGGUUAGAUAUCGAGGAUGAUGACCCCAACUCUCAUUGUGUCGGUGAGAGUGCGCUGGCUGUGUGCUUUAAAGAUAACCGAUUGCUUGUCGCUACUGAUAAUCAUGUAGUCCAAGCAUAUACAUUUCCAGCGUUCGAUAAAGACGGAAUUAUAUCGAGGUUUACAGCUCCAGUCACUCAAAUUACUUCAAACUCGAAAAUAGAAGCUUUAGGAUGUACAUCAGAGAAUAUGGAAGCAAGAAUAUGUAGCUUGGAAGGUGGUGCUCCUCUGUUAGUAAUGUCAGAACACAAAGGUCCAGUGCUUAGUAUGGCUAUAUGUCCACACAUGAAAUAUGCUUGUACAGCUUCUGGAGAUGGCUUUCUUAGAGUAUGGGAUAUUGACACACAAAAAAUAGUCAAAGAAAUUUCUUGUGUUCCUAAAAUAAACACUUUCUAUUCUGCUAAAGUUUUGUGUCGAAUGGAUUUUGAACCCUCAGAUGGAAAAUAUCUUGCAUAUCCAAGUAAUAGGGAAAUAAUUAUAUUGAGCAGUGAAAAUUGGAGUCAAAGAAUGACCUUUACUCACAGUACCAUAAAGUGUGGAAUCUCACAGUGUGUUUUCUCACCGUGUGGACAGUAUUUAGCUGGAAGCACAGUGGCUGGACAGAUAGCUGUGUGGGAGGUUGAUUCAGGGACUUGUAUGGGUAUUAUUGAGCAUCCCACUUCGCAUAAUGUUUCUGCUAUGGCAUGGAAUCCAAAAGGUAAUGGAGUACUUGUAUAUUGUGACGUCGCUGGUCAAUUAGGCAUGUUGGUUAACUGCUAUGGCAAAGAUAGUUCAAAGAUUGGUGAAGAUAUUGAAACUGUGGAAAGAGAGGAAGAUAAUGAUGAAGUCUUAGAUAAUUUGAUUGAACAUUAUGAAAGUGAUGAUGACAAUGCAAUAUCAUUGGAGAAGAUAAAAAAUGAGACACUUGGCUUGGUUGAAAAGGAUGACUCAAGGCCGGUCUCCAGGGCAACUGAACAUGUGACCACUAGUGAGCCAAUUCAAGCUCCAUUCCAGCCUUCGUCUACACCUGUUCAUCUUGAACAUAGAUAUAUGUGCUGGAAUGAUGUUGGCAUAGUGCGAUGUCACACUGCUGAGAAUGGGGAAUCCAGCAUUGAUGUGGAAUUCCAUGACUCCAACCUACACCAUGGCUUACAUCUCAACAAUUAUCUUAACCACACCAUGGCUAGCUUGUCGCCCACUGUGUUGGCUUUAGCAUGUCCUACUCCAAGUAAGCUAGUGUGUAUAUCACUAGUAGGAAGCAGCAAGGAAUGGAGUAUAACAAUGCCAGAAACAGAGGAGAUAGUAUGUGUAGCAGCCACUAGUGACAUUGUCGCUUGUGCCACGGAUGCCAGAUUCCUUAGACUAUUUACACCUUUAGGUACACAGAGACAAGUGGUGUCUUUACCGGGCGCGCCGGUCUGCCUGGCGGGGCGCGACGGCACGCUGGCGGCGGCGUAUACCUGUAGCGGGGUCGGUUAUACAAAAAAAAAAAAAAAAUCGAUUAUUAUAAAAAUCGUGUUAGGCGUUUGCGGGGCGCUGCGCAUGCGCACGUGGGCGCUGGCCACGAGCGCGGGCGCGGGCGCGCGGCUGGCGUGGCUGGGCUGCAGCGACGCGGGCGCGCCCGUGGCGCUGGACGGCGCGGGCGCGCUGCGCCGCCUGCACGAGGCGGCCGGCGCCUGGCUGCCGCUCGCCGACCUCGCGCAGCACCGCCGCGGCGUCUCCGACUCCUGGUUCGUCGUCUCGGUGAGCGAGAGUGAACAAAAAGUACGAGCAAUACUAUGCAGGGGAUCUUCGUUCCCUUUGACUGUACCAAAGCCAAUUGUUGCAGAGCUACCGUUACAAGUGCCUCUCUGUGAGUUAGAUACAGAAAAAAGUCAGUAUGAGGAGCAGCUAGUGCGGUGGUCGCACACCGUUCCCGACGUGGACGUGAAAACCGCGCGGGAAACCGCUCUGAAGUUAUUUGCUCUCGCCUGCCGUAGUGAAGUAGAACAGAGGGCGCUCGAACUAAUGGAAUUACUGAAAGACGAUCGUCUUUUGCCGCUGGCCGCGAAGUACGCCUCACGUUUAGGUCGAAUGCAUUUAGCGGAAAAAUUGGCAAAUCUUUCAGAAACGUGGGAAAGGCAGUCUGAAAGAUUAGAUGUUGCACAAAGCUCACAUUUUCCAGGGUUGGAAAGUCAGGAAAUCAAUGAAGUAACAAAUUCAGAACAAGAUCUAAAUGCCAGUUUAAUUAUACCACAAAAAACUUCAAAAAAGAAGACAGAAAGUGAUACAACUAUAAAACCUGUUCCUAUGAAAUCAUCUCCUGGAGGUGCUAGAAAUCCAUUUAGGAAACAAGCUGAAACGGCUAAAAUAGUCAGCCAAAGUCCUCUUAGUUUAACUGAAAGGACACUGGUAGAAGUGCACGCGGUUGAAGACAAACGCGAGAACAAUGAUCCCCUCAAACCACUCGAUGGAGAAGUUUUUGUCGAUUGGUUUUCGAGAAACAAAUCUUUGUUAGAACAACAAAAUUCUGAACUAACUCCCUCAGAAUUGACUAGACAUUGUGUGAGGAAAUUUAAAAGUCUUCAGACUAAAAAUAAUGAAAACGGUCAGAAAAGGAAACUAGACGAUGAUGUGGAUGACCCCCCAGUAACCAAUACUCCAAAACAAUCCAAACUUAGUGCUUUUGCUUUCUCGAAAAAGAAUUGAUUCAACUAAGUAUUACCACGGCGUAUAACAUCAAAGACAAUAUAAACUUUUGCAGGCCACUUAUUUAUUUUAAAGGAUUUUUAAACAUUAGACUUAAGAUCAUAGCCUUAAAUUUUAUACUAUAGUUUUUUUAUUAAAAAUGAUUAUUUAAA